CAUAUCUUUAGGGUUUCUUGAAGUUUGUUUUCUAUUUGUUUCUUUGGUGGGAAAAUUAGCUUCUUUUUUUUCCUUUGAAAGGGUGGGGGGGAAAUGGGGAGAGGUAGGGUUCAGCUAAGGCGGAUCGAGAACAAUAUUAGCAGGCAAGUAACAUUUUCAAAGAGAAGAACUGGUUUGGUGAAGAAAGCUCACGAGAUCUCAGUGUUAUGUGAUGCUGAGGUUGCUUUGAUUGUUUUCUCUAACAGAGGGAAACUGUUUGAGUACUCAUCCCAUUCCAGCAUGGAGAGAAUCCUAGAACGAUAUGAACAAAAAUCAUACGCCGAAAGACAGCUAGCUUCAUCAAGUUCUGAAUCACAGGAAAACUUGUCUUUGGAAUGUUCCAAGAUUACGUCAACUAUUGAAGUUCUGCAAAGGAACUUGAGGCAGUUCCGAGGAGAAGAGCUUGAUACCUUGAGUCUGAGAGACCUGCAACUUUUGGAACAACAAAUUGGCAAUUCUCUGAAACCCAUACGGACUAGAAAGAAUAAACUCAUGCACGAGUCCAUUUCAUUGUUGCAGAAGAGAGAAAGGUCAUUGCAAGACCAGAACAACAAGCUGGCAAAAAAGCUGAAAGAAAAAGAGCAGACGCCGACUGAACAUGAACUGCGAAACCUUGCCUCCUCCUCCUCCCCCCCAUCCGUACAACCACCAGCGACGGUCCAAUUUCCUUCUUUGACCAUUGGAGGGAGUUACAAGUCCAUGGAAGGAUCAAUCAGGGAGGCUCAGUUCAAUCUCAACCUAGUACCAAUACUUUGAUAGCUUCCUGG